AUGAGUGAAGGGCCAAUAUUAACGAACGGAAACAUUAUAAAUAAUGGUAAUGGAAUUGGUGGUGAUAUAUCUACAUCACAUCAGCCCGUUUCGGUGUCGUUUCCUGAGACCAGAGACCAGUUAAGCACAUUAUUGCAUAAGUAUCAACAGUUGAUGAAAACAUCAAAUGAAGCGAAGGAAAAGCACGACAAUUUUGUCAGGUACCUUGAAAAUAAGGAAAAUGGCGUAGGCGACUUUAAAGGUCCGUCUAAUGACGUGAGGCCUGUGUUCAAGGAUCCCACUGAAGAAGAAAGGUUAGCAAUUGAGAAUGUUUUUUACAAGAUUAGUGAGCAAUACCAGCAGUUUGUAAAGAACGAAGAAGCGUUUUACGACUCUAUAAAAGAACACAAAUCUGAAGAAUCUUUGGAUUUAGAGUUGUUGGAGAAACAAAUUGCAGGAUUGCAAUUCUUGUCGAAGGAUUUGGACUUGCCAGAAUCGUUGCAAGAGGAUUACGAAUCAGUGAUAAAUUCGGAAAGCGAGUCUGCUCGUAAUAACGAUACAGACAGGUUUAUUGAAGCGUUUUUAAACUCCAAGUCAAACUUGAAUGAUUUCAUGAAAAGGGCUGAAUCUUUGGGCAUCAAAGUUCCGCAACCCCUUGGCUCUAUAAAUCCAAUGCAUGCGCCUGUUGGUAAUUAUUAUACCGAGCAAAUGAUCUCAUCGAAGAUAUCAAAUCGUAUAAGGGAGCUUGAGAAUUUGCCUGCGAACUUGGGUACUUUCAGAACUAAUUCCUUAGAAAAACAGACCAAUUACGAUGAUUUGAAAAUAAAGGCCUUAAUUGAGUUAAAGUCAUUGCAACUUUUGGCAAAGCAAAAACAAUUAAAGAAAAACUUGAUUAUUAGCCAAGCCACAAAUUCACAUUAUGAUAAUCCAGAUUUAAAUAAAGUUCCAUUGACAUUACAAGCAAGAAGAUCCAUAUAUAUCAGACCAAAAAUCAUUCAACCAAAUCCACAUUUGCUUGCUUCCCAAUUAGAAGAAAAACGCAAAUUGGAAGCUAAUAGAAUAAAGCACGCAUUACACGUUGAAAAGGUUCAACAGAUCUUGAUUAACUCUGAGGAGUUUGUCAAUAAGAAACUCAACCGCUUGAAUAAAAUUUCUUCCAUUUCUAGAGCUAUUAAUCUGUUCCAUUCAAACACAGAAAAGGAUGAAUCAAAGAAAUUGGAAAAAACGGCUAAGCAACGUUUGCAAGCUUUGAAAGCAAAUGAUGAAGAGGCUUAUAUUAAAUUAUUGGAUCAAACAAAGGAUCACAGAAUCACGCAUUUGUUAAAGCAAACCAACACAUUCUUGGACUCUUUAGCGCAAGCAGUUAAGGUUCAACAAGUUGAACAAGGGGCGGACGUCCCAGGAGAGAAGCGUGUUGAAGAUGAAGUGGUUCCAGAGAAAGAAGAUAAUGUAGAGGAGUUACGAGAAAAGAUUGAUUACUAUCAAGUUGCGCACAGAGUUAAAGAGGAGAUUAAGCAACAGCCAUCUAUUCUUGUGGGAGGCACCUUGAAGGAAUAUCAAAUAAAGGGUUUAGAAUGGAUGGUAUCAUUAUACAACAAUAAAUUAAAUGGUAUUCUUGCAGAUGAGAUGGGUUUAGGUAAGACUAUCCAAUCUAUAUCUUUGAUAACCUAUUUAAUUGAGAAGAAGCAUGAAGAUAAGUUUUUGGUUAUUGUUCCAUUGUCAACAAUUACAAAUUGGACUAUGGAAUUCGAAAAAUGGGCUCCUUCUGUAGAAGUUAUUAUUUACAAGGGAUCUCAACAACAACGUAAGUCCAUGCAAGCGGAAGUCAGGUCUGGUCAAUUUCAAGUUAUUUUGACUACAUAUGAAUACAUUAUAAGAGAAAGACCCUUGUUGUCUAAAUUUUAUUAUUCUCAUAUGAUUAUUGAUGAAGGUCACAGAAUGAAGAAUGCAACUUCUAAAUUAUCUAUAACUUUGAAGAAUUAUUAUAAAACAAAAAAUAGAUUAAUUUUGACUGGUACACCGUUGCAAAAUAAUUUACCUGAAUUGUGGGCAUUAUUAAAUUUUGUUUUACCAAAAAUUUUUAACUCUGUUAAAUCUUUCGAUGAAUGGUUUAAUACGCCCUUUGCUAAUACUGGCUCGCAAGAAAAAAUUGAAUUAACUGAAGAAGAAUCUUUGUUGGUCAUUAGAAGAUUGCAUAAGGUUUUAAGACCAUUCUUGUUGAGAAGAUUGAAAAAAGAUGUUGAGAAAGAUUUACCUGACAAGGUUGAAAAAGUUCUUAAAUGUAACUUGUCUGGCUUGCAAUAUGUCUUGUAUCAACAAAUGUUAAAACAUAAUGCUUUGUUUGUUGGUGUUGAUGUAGGAGGAGCCAAAUCUGGUAUUAAAGGUUUAAACAAUAAGAUUAUGCAAUUGAGAAAGAUUUGUAAUCACCCUUUCGUUUUUGAAGAAGUUGAAACUGUGUUAAACUCCACUCGUUUGACUAAUGAUUUAAUUUGGAGAGUUAGUGGUAAGUUUGAAUUACUUGAUAGGGUUUUACCUAAAUUUAAAGCUUCGGGCCAUAGAGUAUUAAUUUUCUUCCAAAUGACCCAAGUUAUGAAUAUUAUGGAAGACUUCUUAAGAUGGCGUGAUAUGAAGUAUUUAAGACUUGAUGGUGCUACAAAAGCCGAAGAUAGACAGGAUAUGUUGAAGCUGUUCAAUGCUCCUAAUUCAGAGUAUUUCUGUUUCCUCUUGUCCACUAGGGCUGGUGGUUUAGGUUUGAACUUACAAACAGCAGACACCGUUAUUAUCUUCGAUACAGAUUGGAAUCCACAUCAGGAUUUACAAGCUCAAGAUAGAGCGCAUCGUAUUGGUCAAAAGAAUGAGGUCCGUAUAUUGAGAUUGAUUACCAAUGAUUCUGUCGAAGAAGUCAUUUUGGAAAGAGCGCAUCAGAAAUUAGAGAUUGAUGGUAAAGUUAUUCAAGCAGGUAAGUUCGAUAAUAAAUCGACUGCGGAGGAGCAAGAAGCUUUCUUAAAAAGAUUGUUAGAAGCUGAAGCUAGUAAGAAUGAAGAAGAAAAUGAUUCUCUAGAUGAUGAAGAGUUGAAUGAAGUGUUGGCUCGUUCAGAAGAAGAGAAGGUAUUGUUUGCUCAAAUUGAUAGCGAAAGAAUGAUCAGUGAAAAGCUUGCAUCUAGACAAGGUGGCCCUAAAACAAGAUUAAUAGAAGAAGGAGAGCUACCAACUGUUUUCACUCAGGAUGUGUCACACCAUUUCGAGAAAGAUACUAAAGAAUUAAGUCGUAUGAGAGACAAGAAAAAGGUUAAGUAUGACGAUGGUUUAACCGAAGAACAAUGGUUGAUGGCUAUGGACAAUGAUGACGAUACGGUCGAAGAUGCAAUUAGACGUAAGGAGGCUAGAGUUGCAAGAAGAAGAAAGAAUAGAGCAGGAUCUGCUGCAAUAAGUGAUGAAGAAGAUGAUGAUGAUAUAGCGGAUGGUGACCUUGACGAGGAGGACUCAAGACCAAGAAAGAGAUCACGUCGUUCUACCACGCCACAAGCCAAUGGCUACACAGACAAUGAUGAUGAUAUUUCAGAAUUGGAAAGAGGCGAUAAUCCAAGUGAGUUAGUCGAAAAAUGUACAAGCGUACUCGACGAUCUUUGCGAAUUAACUGCAGAAUCUGAUGGCCACAAUAUUUCGGAAAUUUUCAUGACAUUGCCUUCAAGAAAAUUAUAUCCAGAUUACUACCAGAUAAUCAAACAACCAACAUCAAUUAAUCAAAUCAAGAAAAACGUAAAACAAGAGAAAUUCGAGUCUUACGAAUCGUUUAUGGAUAACUUGCAAUUGAUGUGUACAAAUGCAAAGACAUACAAUGAAGAAGGUUCUUGGGUUUACGAAGACGCUACAACCGUUGAAAAUUUCCUUAGGACUAAAAUUUGA